AUGGCGAAGAAGGUGCCUGCUCGUGAUCAGAUCGUCAAAUUGAUUGUUGGCGCUGGUCAAGCCAGUCCGAGUCCGCCAGUAGGUCCCGCUCUUGGUAGCAAAGGCGUCAAGAGCAUGGACUUUUGCAAGGAAUUCAAUGCCCGUACCGCACAUAUCACCACCGGUGUCCCAAUUCCAGCGCGAGUCACAGUCCGGCCUGAUCGCUCUUUCAGCUUCGACAUACGCACACCCAACACCUCUUGGCUGCUCCUCCAAGCAGCCGGAGUGAAAGAGGUGAAGGGCAAAAUCAAAGGUGCCAAUCGGCCAGGCCACGAAAGCGUUGGCACAGUUUCACUCAAACACAUAUACGAGAUUGCAAAAAUCAAGCAAAGCGAGACACGGCUAUCUGGGUUGAGCCUUGAAGGUCUUUGCAAAUGCGUCAUGUGGCAAUGCAAAUCUAUUGGCGUCAAAGUCGUUCCGUAA